AUAUUUCUUUGUUCUUUAGUUUGUGCAACUGUAAAACAAAGAUAAGAGUAGUGCCUACUUCAAAGAGUUGUUGUGAGUAAUAAAUACGUUAAGAUUUGUUAAGUGCUUAGUACAGUGCCUGGUACAUAGUGACUAUUAGAAUUGUUAAUGUAUAUUACAACCAUCACUAUCAUUACUACCAAAACAAAAAAGGCCUACCCCAGAUAUCUAGAAUCAUCUGACAACAAGAAGACUCACCAUAUAAUAUAUAGAUUAGCCCUAGAACGUCUAGAAACACUCAACAGCACACAGACACCCCGCCAUAGUACCCACAUACCCUACAGACCAGAACCCUAACCAGAUAUCACUCACAACACACAGAAUUGCAUCACUAGUAAAUUUGUGCACAGGCUUGCUCUAUAACACAUCCCACAAUACCCAGACUGGAAGCCAGGCUGUGUGUUGUACCCAGCCUCACCUCACAAGGCACAGGCCCACAACAUACACACACACACACACACACACACACACACACAGACACACACACAUACACACACACAUCCUAACCUCACAGAUGUGCCCUACAUCAUACAAACACACCCUAUCACACAUAUUUUUGUUUCACAACAUGUGGAUACCCCUGCUCUUCACAAACAUGUUCCUAAAUACAUGCUCCUAAAAUUGGCAGCAUCACAUGAUAACACAGAGCCCCCAUUCCACAACAUUUUUUUUUUUGAGACGGUGUCUCACUCUGUUGCCCAGGCUGGAGUGCAGUGGCGCAAUCUCGGCUCACUGCAGCCUCCGCCUCCCAGGUUCAAGCAAUUCUCCUGCCUCAGCCUCCCGAGUAGCUGGGAAUACAGGUGCGUCCAUGCCUGGCUAAUUUUUUUGUAUUUUUAGUAGAGACAGGGUUUCAUCAUGUUGGCCAGGAUGGUCUUGAUCUCCUGACCCCGUGAUCCACCUGCCUCAGGCUCCCAAAGUGCUGGGAUAACAGGCGUGAGCGACCGCCCCUGGCCACAACGCAUUUUACACUUACCUCAUGCUUGUCCCAUAAAGAACAACAUGCCCCACAUCGCCUAAGUUGCCCAUAAAUCUGACUUACCGAACACUGCCACACGUAUGACCAGGCCCCAUACCACACAGAUUUGCUCUGUAAUACCUAGAUAAGUCCUAACAUGCAGAGAUCACCCCUAAACACAAAACCAUCCCAACUGCACAGCGUCAUAUCACAACAGACACACACACUCAUCCCAUAACAUGCAGACUUGCACGAAAACACCCAGACUCCCACAAAGCAAACCCACGCCCACAAUGCUAAUACCACACAAUGCCCAGACUGGCACAAGACAAAGACUAGCCUCAACUCAUCUAGUCUCAACCCACAUGAUAUAAAACUUGCUCUACAAUGGUUAAAAGCUUAUAUUCAGGUCUCAGACUGUCUGAGUUCCAAUCCCACAUGCAUCACUUACUAGUUGUGUGACCUCGGAAAGGUUUCUUGAACUCUCUGUGCCCCAGUUUUCUCAGCUACUUGUUAGGAAUAAUAAUGUAAUAGGGGUACUUAUCUCUUAUAGCUGUUAAGAGAAAUAAAUGGGCUGGGCGUGGUGGGUCACACCUGUAAUUCCAGCACUUUGGGAGGCCGAGACGGGUGGAUUAGCUGAGGUCGGGAGUUCGAGACCAGCCUGACCAACAUGGAGAAACCCCAUCUUUACUAAAAAUACAAAAUUAGCCGGGUGUGGUGGCACACACCUGUAAUCCCAGCUACUUGGGAGGCCGAGGCAGGAGAAUCGCUUGAACCUGGGAGGCAGAGGUUGCGGUGAGCCAAGAUCAUGCCAUUGCACUUCAGCCUGGGCAACAAGAGCGAAACUCCGUCUCAAAGAAAAAAAAAAGAGGAAUAAAUGAGUUAAUGCCUAUAAAGUGUUUAGAGCAAUGCUUGGUAAAGAGUCAGCGUUAUUGGUGUUACCUGAUCAGGUUGUCAUUGUUGUCAUUACUCCACACGAAACUGGACCAUAAAGGUAAGACUCAAUCUAAAACAACUCGAAUCAACCCACAACGCAUAGAAUAUCCCUCAUAAAGCACAGAAUUGCAUCACAGUGAAUACUCUCACCACUCUUUUCCUAUAACACCCAUCCCAUAUUGACUGCACCUAUUCUUUUUUUUUUUUUUUUGAGAUGGAGUCUCACUCUUGUUGCCCAGGUUGGAGUGCAGUGGCGUGAUCUCGGCUUAUUGCAACCUCCGCAUCCUGGGUUCAAGCAAUUCUCCUGCCUCAGCCUCCCGACUAGCUGGGAUUACAGGCCCGCCACCACAAGCGGCUAAUUUUUGUACUUUUAGUAGAGAUGGGGUUUCGCCAUGCUGGCCAGGCUGUUCUCGAACUCCUGACCUCAGGUGAUCCACCCAUCUCUGUCUCCCAAAGUGCUGGGAUUACAGGCAUGAGCCACCGCGCCCAGCCUGACUGUACCUAUUCGGUAACGCCUAGAAGCAUCUAUCAUAUAGAGUUUCUGCAUAACACCUAGACUUAUCACACAACAGCUAGACACGCUACAAUGCACAACAUACCCAACAAACAGAAACUCAUUCAUGAAAAGACUCAUCUCAGUUUAAGCAAAUGCACUCUAUCAUACACGUACGUGCUCUACAAUACACAUACUCACCCCAGAACACCACAUUGGCUCCACAACACAAGGAACUCACUUCAAAAUCUCUAGAAACAAUCCACAAGCCAUAGACUUCUCCAAUAUGCAGAACAGCAUCACACCACAUAAACUUGACUACAAUUAACAGACAAGAAACCAGGACAUGCGCCAUAACACAUACAUUAUCCCCGUGACAUAAAUACUGGUCCAGCAAAAUACUGUCUUGCCUAUACAACACUAAGAUGUGCUUCAUAAAAUACAAACUUGUUUGACAACGCAAAUUAAAAUAUUUCAAAAUGCACAUAUAUACUCCAUAACACACAGACUUGCUCUACAACACACCGACACACCCCAUAUCACCCAGAUGUGACCCAAAACACACAGCAAUACCCGAUAAACAGUCACUCCUUUUUUUUUUUCUUUGAGAUGGAGUCUUACUCUGUUGCCCAGGCUGGAGUGCAGUGGCGUGAUCUCAGAUCACUGCGACCUCUGCCUCCCAGGUUCUAGCGAUUCUUCUGCUGCAGCAUCCCCAGUAGCUGGGACUACAGGUGUGCACCACCAUGCCCAGCUAAUUUUUGUAUUUUUAGUAGAGACUAGGUUUCAUUUUGGCCAGGCUGGUCUCGAACUCCUGACCUCAGCUGAUCCACCUGCCUCGGCCUUCCAAAGUGCUGGAAUUAUAGGCGUGAGCCACCAUGCCUGGCCUCAGUCUCUCCUUUUAACACACAGACUGGCCACACAAAAUAGCUUCUUCCUGCCACAACUUCCCUCACAGCAGCACAUCCCACAAAGGAUGGUCCACAUACAGAGAAACACAAUGUGCAGAUAUGUUCUGCAACACACAGCCUUCCUGGACAAGACCUAGACUCGCCCAGAAACACCCAGAUCCAUUUUACAUUUUAAAGACUCACAUCCCAGGCCAGGCGUGGUGGCUCACGCCUGUAAUCCCCACACUUUGGGAGGCCGAGGUAGGCGGAUCACAAGGUUAGGAGUUUGAGACCAGCCUGGCCAACAUGGUGAAACCGUGACUCUACUAAAAAUACAAAAAUUAGCCGGGCAUGGUGGCGGGCACCUGUAAUCCCAGUACUCAGGAGGUUGAGGCAGGAGAAUCGCUUGAACCUGGGAGGCGGAGGUUGCGGUGAGCCAAGACCGCACCAUUGCCCUCCAGCCUGGGUGACAGAGCAAGACUCCGUCUCAAAAAAAAAAAAAAAACUCAUAUCCCAGAUUAGUCUGCCAACCCAUGGACAUGCUCCACAAUGCAUGGAUAGAACCACAAUGCAUGGACAUGCCUUACAACACAUGGAACUACACAGGCUCUACCUUUAACACACAAACUGUCUCCAUAAAACACUUCCUUGUCUCUUCAAAACUUAGUUUAAAAUCAGAAGAAAUGCUGAAAAAUACACAUAGACUCAACAAGGCCUGGACAUACCCCACUUCAACUAGCCUUGUCCUGUAACACUGAGACUCAUCUGAAACAUAGAGAUACAUUAUGCCACACCUAGAAUGGCCCCCCAAGAACCCAGACUAGCUCCAGAACACCCAAAUAGGAGCCACAGUAUAUGGACAUAACCCUACAUAUACAAAUCCUUCCUACAACGUAAUGACUAAUGCCACAAAACACUUUCUUGCUCCAUAACACCAACACUUACCUCCCUGUGCAUAGAAUCACUGGACAAUACAGACACUUCUUACAAUUACAGAUAUGAUUCACAAUACUAAGACUUGCUGUAACACAUGCCAACUUCUCCAAGCCACACAGAAUCACAACAUUGUAUGUAUUAUCGGACAUGUCCGCAUAUUUUGGGGACAACUGAACUUAUCCCAUGACACCCAGGCCUUCCCCAAAAUACAUGGACAUGUCCCAUCAUACAUAUAAUUUCCAGACAACAAAGACUGGUCCUGAAAAAUAGGUUUUUUAUUUCAUAACACCAACACUUAGCUGAGAGCACACAGAAGUGCUGAGCAAAACAUGCAUAAAACCCCACGAUGCACAGACAUGCCCUACAACACCCAAAGUCACUUCAUAACACACAAUCUCACUGCAACACACCAACCCAGUGACUUACCCUGAGACACUCAGACUAACACAUCACAUCCAGAUCUACCCCCACCUAACCCUAAUUGCCCCAUGUCACCAGACUUACGUUGCAAUAGCCAGACUUGACCUGCAAUAGUCUGAUUUGUCCCAUAACAACUAGACAAGACUAUCCACACAAUACAUACAAAGACCCCCAAAAUGUUUGCUUGUCUCCACAACACUGACAGUUUCUUAAGAACACACACAGAUGCUGGAAAAUACACAACAAAGUCCUGCAGCACUAAGAUAUGCGCCUGUAAUACCUAGAUUUGCCACACAACACCCAGAAUGGCCCUGCAAAACUCCAGAAUGCACCACAACAAGAAUACAUGCCUUGUGACACCAGAGCAUGCCUUACAGCAGUCCCCAACCUGUUUGGCACCAGGGACCACUUUUGUGGAAGACAGUUUUUCCACGGACUGGGGGUGAGGUGGGAGGGGUGGUUUUGGGAUGAAACUGUUCUGCCUCAGAUCAUCAGGCAUUAGAUUCUCAUAAGGAGUGCACAAUCCUGAUCCCUCUCAUGCACGGUUCACAAUAGGGUUCACACUCUUGUGAGAAUCUAAUGCUGUAGCUGAUCUGACAGGAGGCAGAGCUCAGGUGGUAAUGCUUGCUCACUCACUGCUCGCCUCCUGCUGUGUGGCCUGGUUCCUAGCAGGCCAUGGAGUGGUACUGGUCCGUGGCCCAGGGGUUAGGGACCCCUGCCUUACACCACAUGGCGUGCUCCAUAAUACACAAACCAUCCUAAUAACAUAGACUGACUCUAUACUUACUUGCCUCAAUAACAUGAAGACACACCUUAGACCACAUAGAAAUGUUAGAUAACAUACAGAAAAAAACACAUAAAUAACAGACAUGCCCUAUAACACUUACACUCGCCUCAUAGCACUCAGGUUCUCCUGUGACAGCUAGAUUUACCCCCAAAAUACCUAGACCUACCCCAAAGCACCCAGACAUGCCCCACAUAACCAGAAACAUCACAUAUCACUCAAACACCUUCCAACAAUCAGACUUGCCUGGCAACCCAGACUGUCCUACAAUACACAGUAAUGGCCCACAGCCAAGAGACUUCUCACAACUUACAGACUGGCCACAAAAAGCAUCUUUUUGCUUUCACAACAUCAAGACUUUCCACACAGCACAUAGAAACAAUGGACAAAGUUCAGAAAACCCCAGAGUGUAGUGGUAUGCCUCAUAACAUCCAGAGUCACCCCAUAACACAGGACCUAGACUGGCCCGAUAAGAUAGAAUUAAUACCCGCAAUAAACAAACAUGCCCUCUAAUAUAUGAAUUCAUCACACAACACGCACACUGUCCCCACAAACACCUUUUUGGUGUCAAGAAGAAAAAGACUAGCUUCACUGAACAGAGAAAUGCUGGACAGUGCACCUGCAGUUAAAAAAAAAAACAACAACCUCACAGACAUAGCAUUCAUCACCCGAAUCUGUUACAAAGUAACAGGCAUCAUCUUCUGACACACAUAUCUACCCCCCAGCACCAGAGUAGCUCCAUAAAAUACCUUCUUGCUUUUACAGUGCGAAGACUCGCCUCAUAGCACAAGUCUGACAUGCUGGAGAACACUCAGACAAAAUCCUUAACAUACAUAAAUAUCACCCGGAUUCACUCCACAACAUGAAAUCUAACCCCAUGAAACCCAUGAUAGUCCACAAAACCAGACACGCCUUAUAUCACCCAGUCUAGCUUCACAACAGCCAGGCAUAAUGCAAACUCGCCCCCGCAACUCAUGAAAAUACUCCACACCCAACAAACCUUCCCCCAACACAGAAACUUGCCGGGCAAAACAAAUGCAAUGGCUCAUGCCUGUAAUCCCAUCACUUUGGGAGGCUGAGGCGGGCGGAUCACCUGAGGUGGGGAAUUUGAAACCAGCCUGACCAACAUGGAAAAGCCCCGUCUCUACUAAAAAUACAAAAUUAGUCGAGCGUGGUGGCACACGCCUGUAAUCCCAGCUACUCGGGAGGCUGAGGCAGGAGAAUCGCUUGAACCCGGGAGGCAGAGGUUGCAGUGUUGUGCCAUUACACUCCAGCCUGGGCAACAGAGGGAAACUCCAUCUCAAUGAAAGAAAAGAAAAGAAAAGAAAAGAAAAAAACUUCCUGACACUCUCACACCAAGACUUGCUUCAGAGCACACACAAAAGAUAUAAAAGGAUUGAAAACAUACAGAACAACUUUGCAAUGUGCAGAUAUACAGCAGUACUCACCUCAAAUUACAGAAAGUCAUACAACAAGAUCCCUGCUGGUUCCAUGAUACACACAUUCCAUACACAGACACAGACACAUUCCAUACACACACACACAUUCCAUACACGCGCACACACACAUUCCAUACACACACAUUCCAUACACACAGACACACAUUCCAUACACACAGACACAUAUUCGAUACAUUCCAUACACACACACAUUCCAUACACACACACAUUCCAUACACACACAAACACAUUCCAUACACACACAUUCCAUACACACACACAUUCCAUACAUACACAUUCCAUACACACACACAUUCCAUACACAUACACACACAUUCCAUACACGCACACACACACAUUCCAUACACACAAACAUUCCAUACACACACACACAUUCCAUACACAUACACAGACACACAUUCCAUACACACACACAUUCCAUACACAGACACACAUUCCAUAAACACACACACAUUCCAUACACACGCACACAUUCCAUACACACACAUUCCAUACACACACACAUUCCAUACACACACAUAGACACACAUUCCAUAUACACACACAUUCCAUGUACACAGACACACAUUCCAUGCACAUACACAGACACACAUUCCAUACACACACAGACACACAUUCCAUGCACAUACACAGACACAUUCCAUACACACACAGACACACAUUCCAUACGCACACAGACAUUCCAUACACACAGACACAUUCCAUACACAUACACACAUUCCACACACACACACAUUCGAUACACACACAGAGGCAUAUUCCAUACACACACACACACACUUCCCAUACACACAUUCCAUACACACACAGAGACACAUUCCAUACACACACACACAUUCCAUACACAAACAUUCCGUACGCACACAAAUUCCGUACGCACACACAUUGCUUACGCACACACAGACACAUUCCAUACACAUACAGAAACACAUUCCAUACACACACACACAUUCCAUAUACACACACACAUUCCAUUCACACACACACGUUCCAUACACACACACAUUCCAUACACAGACACACAUUCCAUAAACACACACACAUUCCAUACACACACACACAUUCCAUACACACACAUUCCAUACACACACACAUUCCAUACAAACACAUAGACACACAUUCCAUAUACACACACAUUCCAUGUACACAGACACACAUUCCAUGCACAUACACAGACACACAUUCCAUACACACACAGACACACAUUCCAUGCACAUACACAGACACACAUUCCAUACACACAGACACACAUUCCAUACGCACACAGACAUUCCAUACACACAGACACAUUCCAUACACAUACACACAUUCCACACACACAUUCGAUACACACACAGAGGCAUAUUCCAUACAUACACACACACACUUCCCAUACACACAUUCCAUACACACACAGAGACACAUUCCAUACACACACACACAUUCCAUACACAAACAUUCCGUACGCACACAAAUUCCGUACGCACACACAUUGCUUACGCACACACAGACACAUUCCAUACACAUACAGAAACACAUUCCAUACACACACACACAUUCCGUACACACACACACAUUCCAUUCACACACACACGUUCCAUACACACACACAUUCCAUACAGAGACACAUUCCAUACACACACACCCCCACACAUUCCUUAAACACACAUACACAUUCCAUAUACAUACAGAAACACAUUCCACACACACAUAUUCCAUACACACACAUUGUAUACACACACACAAAAACACAUACCAUACACAGAGACACAUUCCAUACACACACAUUCCAUACACACACACACAUUCCGUACACAUACACAGACACAUUCUAUACCACAGACACACAUUGCAUACACACACUCCAUACACACACAGACACAUUCCAUACACACACACAUUCCAUACACAUAAACACACAUUCCAUACACGCACACACACACAUUCCAUACACGUGCACACACACAUUCCAUACACACAGACACACAUUCCAUACACACAGACACAUAUUCGAUACACACACACAUUCCAUGCACACACACACAUUCCAUACACACACACAUUCCACACACAAACACAUUCCAUACACAUACACAGAAACACAUUCCAUAUACACACACACACAUUCCAUACACAUACACAGACACACAUUCCAUACACACACACAUUCCAUACACACACACACAGACAUAUUCCAUAAUCACACACACAUCCCAUACACAUACACAGAUACAUUCCAUACACACACAUUCCAUACACACACACAGACAUUCCAUACACACACAGACACAUUCCACACACACACAAAUGCCAUACACAGACACACAGAUUCCAUUCACACACACACAUUCCAUACAAACUCACACAUUCCACACACACACAUUCCAUACACACAGAGACACAUUCCAUGCACAAACCCACACAUUCCAUACACACACCCACACAUUCCAUACACAUACAGAAACACAUUCCAUACACACACACAUUCCAUACACACACAUAUUCCAUACACAUACACUCAAACACAUACCAUACACGGAGACACAUUCCAUACACAGACACAUUCCAUACACAUACACACACACAUUCCAUACACACACACGCAGACACAUUACACACACACACACAUUCCAUACACACAGAGACACAUUCCAUACACAUGCACACACAUUCCAUACACACACACAUUCCAUACACACACACAUAUUCCAUACAAACACAUUCCAUACACACGCACACAGACAUAUUCCAUAAUCACACAGACAUUCCAUACACAUACACAGACACAUUCCAUACACACACACACGGACACAUUCCAUACACACACAUUCCAUACACACAGACACAUUCCACACACAAACAUUCCAUACACACACACAUUCCAUAAACACAUACACAUUCCAUCCACACACAUUCCAUACACAUGCAGACACACAUUCCAUACACACACACACACAUAUUCCAUACACACACACACACCCCAUACCCACACACUGACACACAUUCCAUACACAGACACCCACAUUCCAUACACACACACACUCCAUGUACAGACACACAUUCCAUACACACACACACUCCAUAUGCACACACACAUUCCAUACACACACACAUUCCAUACACACACAGAUACAUUCCAUACACAUACACACAUCCUAUACACACACACAUUCCAUACACACACACAUAUUCCAUACACACACACACAUUGCAUACACACACACAUAUUCCAUACACACACAUUCCACACACACACAUAUUCCAUACACACACACAUUGCAUACACACACAUAUUCCACACACACACACACAUUCCAUACACACACACAUUCCAUAAACACACGCACAUUCCAUACACAUGCAGACACAUAUUCCAUACACACACACACACAUUCCAUACCCAUACACUGACACACAUUCCAUACGCAGACACACACAUUCCAUACACACACACACUGCAUACACAGACACACAUUCCAUACACACACAUUCCAUAUGCACACACACAUUCCAUACACGCACACAUUCCAUACACGCACACAUUCCAUACACACACAGACACAUUCCAUACAUAUACACACAUUCUAUACACACACACACAUUCCAUACACACACAGAGACAUAUUCCAUACACACAUACUGCAUACACACACACAUAUUCCAUACACACACACACAUUCCAUACACACACAGACACACAUUCCAUACACAGAGACAUAUUCCAUACACACACAUUCCAUACACACACACAGACAUAUUCCAUAAUCACACACAGAUUCCAUACACACACAGAGAUACAUUCCAUGCACACACACACAUUCCAUACACACAGGCAUUCCAUACACACACAUUCCAUACACAGACACACAUUCCAUACACAGACACACAUUCCAUAUACACACAUAUUCCACACACACACACAUUCCAUACGCAUACACACAUUCCACACACACACACACUCCAUACACACACAGAGGCAUAUUCCACACAUACACACAAACACACAUUCCAUACACGCACACAUUCCAUACACACAAACAUUCCAUAUACACACACAUUCCUUACACACCACAGACACAUUCCAUACACACCCACAUUCCACACACACACACAUUCCAUUCACAGACACACACACAUUCCAUACACACACAUUCCAUACAAACUCACACAUUCCAUACACACACAUUGCAUACACACACACAUUCCAUACACCCACACAUUCCAUACACACAUCCACACAUUCCAUUCACAUAAACACAUUCCAUACACACACAUAUUCCAUACACACACAUUCUAUACACAUACACACAAACACAUACCAUACACGAAGACACAUUCCAUACACACACACACACAUUCCAUACACACAAACACAUUCCAUACACACACACAGACACAUUCUAUACACACACACAUUCCACACACACACACAGACACAUUCCAUACACAUGCACAUUCCAUACACACACGCACAUUCCAUACACACAGACACAUUCCAUACACACACACAUUCCACACACACACACAGACACAUUCCAUACACACACAUUCCAUACACACACACACAUUCCAUACAGACACAUUCCAUACACACACACAGACAUAUUCCAUAAUCACACAAACAUUCCAUACACAUACACAGAUACAUUCCAUACACACACACAUUCCAUACACGCACACAGACAUUCCAUACACACACACAUUCUAUACACACACAUAUUCCAUACACACACAGAGACAUGGUCCAUACACACACACACAUUGCAUACACACACACAUAUUCCACACACACACAUUCCGUACACACACACAUUCCAUACACACACACACAUUGCAUACACACACACAUAUUCCACACACACACAUUCCGUACACACACACAUUCCAUACACACAGAGACACACAUUCCAUACACAGAGGCAUAUUCCAUACACACACAUUCCAUACACACAGACAUAUUCCAUAAUCACACACAGAUUCCAUACACACACAGAGAUACAUUCCAUGCACACACACACACAUUCCAUACACAUGGGCAUUCCAUACACGCACAUUCCAUACACAGACACACGUUCCAUACACACACACAUUCCAUACACACACACAGACACAUUCCAUACUCAUACACACAUUCCACACACACACACACUCCAUACACACACAGAGACAUAUUCCAUACAUACACACACACAUUCCGUACUCACACACAUUCCAUACACACACACACGCACAUUCCUUAAACACACAGACACAUUCCAUAUACAUACAGAGACACAUUCCACAGACACACAUUCCAUACACACGCACACAUUCCAUACACACACACACAUUCCAUACACAUACACAGGUACAUUCCAUAUACACACACAUUCCAUACACACACAGACAUUCCAUACACACACAGAGACACAUUCCAUACACACACACACAUUCCAUACACACACAGAGACACAUUCCAUACACACACACACAUUCCGUACACACACACACAUUCCAUACACACACAGAGACACAUUCCAUACACACACAGACACAUUCUGUACACACAUUCCAUACAUAUACACAUUCCAUACACACACAGAGACACAUUCCAUACACACACGCAGACACAUUCCACAGACACACGCAUUCCAUACACACACAGAAUCAUUCCAUACACACACAUAGACACAUUCCAUACACACACAGACACAUUCAAUACACACACACAUUCCAUACACACAGAUACACAUUCGAUACACACACAUUCUAUACACACACGGAGACGUAUUCCAUACAUACACACACACACAUCCCAUAAACACACACACAUCCCAUACACACACACACAUUCCAUACACACACAUUCCAUACACACAGAGACACAUUCCAUACACACACGUUCGAUACACAAACAUUCCAUACACACACAUUCCAUACACACACAUUGCUUACACACACGUUUGAUACACAAACAUUCCAUACACACACACAUUGCUUACACACACACAUUGCUUACACACACAGACACAUUCCAUACACAUACAGAAACACAUUCCAUACACACACAGACACAUUCCAUGCACACACAUUCCAUACACAGACACACACACAUUCCAUUCACACACACACAUUCCAUACACACACAUUCCAUACACACACACAUUCCAUAGAGACACAUUCCAUACACACACACAUUCCAUACACACACAUUCCAUACACACACACAUUCCAUACAGAGACACAUUCCAUACACACACACACCCACACAUUUCUUAAACAAACACACAGACACAUUCCGUAUACAUUCAGAAACACAUUCCCUACACACACACAUUUGAUACACACACACAUUCCAUACACACACACAUUGUAUACACAUGCACAGAAUCACAUACCAUACACGGAGACAAAUUCCAUACACAGACACAUUCCAUACACAAAAACACAUUCCAUGCACACACACAUUACAUACACAUACACAGACACACUCCAUACACACACACACAUUCCAUACACAUACACGGAUACAUUCCAUACACACACACAUUCCAUACACACAGAUAUUCCAUACACACACACAGACACAUUCCAUACACACACACACAGACACAUUCCAUACACACACAUUUCAUACACACAGACACAUUCCAUACACACACAAACAUUCCAUACACACACACAGACACAUUCCAUACACACACAUUCCAUACACAUACAUACACAUUCCUUACACACACAUUCCAUACACACACAGACACAUUCCAUACACAUACACACAUUCCCGACACACACACAUUCCAUACACACACAGACUUAUUCCAUACAUACACACACACACACAUUCCAUACACACAGACACAUAUUCCAUACACACACAUAUUCCAUACACACACGCAUUCCAUACACACACACAUUCCACACACACACAUUCCAUACACAUACAGAGAUACAUUCAAUACACACACACAUUCCAUACACACACACAUUCCAUACACAUACAGAGAUACAUUCCAUACACACACAUACAUUCCAUACACACAGACAUUCCAUACAUACAUGCAGACACAUUCCAAACACAGAUUCCAUACACACACACACACAUUCCGUACACACACACUGACACAUUCCAUACACACACACAUUCCAUACACACACAGACACAUUCCAUACACACACACUGACACAUUCCAUGCACACACACACAUUCCAUACACACACAGACUCAUUCCGUACACACACAGAGACACAUUCUAUACACACACGCAGACACAUUCCACACACACACAUUCCAUACGCACACACAGACACAUUCCAUACACACAGACACAUUCCAUACACACACACAGGGACACAUUCCAUAUACACACACACAUUCCGUAUACACACACAGACUCAUUCCAUACACAAACAGAGACACAUUCCAUACACACAUGCAGACACAUUCCACACACACACACAUUCCAUACACACACACAGAAUCAUUCCAUACACACACAUAGACACAUUCCAUACACACACAGACACAUUCCAUACACACAGACACACAUUCCAUACACACAGACACACAUUCGAUACACACACACAUUCCAUACACACAUACAUACACACACACAUACACAGACACACAUUCCAUGCACACACACACACACAUUCCAUACACACAGACACACAUUCCAUGCACACACACACAUUACAUACACACAGACACACAUUCCAUACACUUACACACACACAUUGCAUACACAUACAUCCCAGACCAACACACACACAUUCCAUACACAUACACACACAUUCCAUACACACACAUUCCAUACACAUGCACAGACACACAUUCCAUACACACACACAUUCCUUACACACAGACACACAUUCGAUACACACAUUCCAAACACACACACACAUUCCAUACUCACACAUAUUCCAUACACACAGACACACAUUCCAUACACACAUUCCAAACACAUAUACAUUCCAUACACACACACAUAUUCCAUACACACACACAUUCCAUACACACAUACAUACACACACACAUACACAGACACACAUUCCAUGCACACACACACGCAUUCCAUACACACGCACACAUUCCAUACACACCCACACAUUCCAUACACACACCUUCCAUAGCAACAGACACACGCUGCAUACACACACAUUGCAUACACAUACACACACAUUCCAUACACACACAUUCCAUACACAUGCACAGUUACCCAUUCCAUACACACACACAUUCCAUACACAGACACACACCAUACACACACAGACACACACUCCAUACACACACACAUUCUGUAUGCACACACACACAUUCCAUACCCACACACACACAUUCGAUACACACAUAUAUUCCAUAUACACACACACAUUCCAUACACAGACACAUUCCAUACACACACAGACACAUUCCAUACACAUACACAGACACAUUCUAUACACACAGACACACAUUCCAUACACACACACAUUCAGACACAUUCCAUACUCACACACACACUUUCCAUACACAUACACAGACAUGCAUUCCAUACACACACACACAUUCCAUGCACACACACAGACACAUUCCAUACACAUACACACAUUCCACACACAUACACACACAGACAUUCCAUACACACACAGAGGCAUAUUCCAUACAUACACACACACAUUCCAUACACACACACAUUCCAUACACAGACACACACAUUCCAUACACACACACUUCACACACACAUUCCAUACACACACACACUUCCAUACACAGAGACACAUUCCAUACACGCACAGACACACAUUCUGUACACACACACACACAUAUUCUGUGUACACACACUUCCAUACACACACAGAGACAUGUUCCAUGCACACACAUUCCAUACACACACAGACACAUUCAGUACACACACACACAGACACAUUCCAUACACACACACACAUUCCCUACAUACACACGCAGACACAUUCCAUACACACACCCAUACUCAUUCCAUAUACACAGAGACACAUUCCAUACACACACGCAGACACAUUCCACACGCACACACAUUCCAUACACACACACAGACACAUUCCACACACACACACAUUCCAUACACACACACAGACACAUUCCAUAUACACAUACACAUUCCGUAUACACACACAGACUCAUUCCAUACACACACAGAGACACAUUCCAUACACACACUCAGACACAUUCCAUAUACACAUACACAUUCCGUAUACACACACAGACUCAUUCCAUACACACACAGAGACACAUUCCAUACACACACUCAGACACAUUCCACACACACACACAUUCCAUACACACACACAUUCCAUACACACACACAGAAUCAUUCCAUACACACACAGACACAUUCCAUACACAGACACACAUUCGAUACACACACACAUUCCAUAUACACACACAUUCCAUACACACACAUUGCAUACCAACACACACACAUUCCAUACACAUACACAGACACACAUUCCAUACACACACACACACUCCGUACACAUACACAUUCCAUACACACACACACAUUCCAUACACAUACUCAGACACACAUUCCAUACACACACACAUUCCGUACACACACACAGUCACACAUUCCAUACACACACACACAUUCCAUACACACAAACACAUUCCAUACACACACACAUAUUCCAUAAACACAAACACAUUCCAUACACACACACAGACUAAUUCCAUACACAGAGACACAUUCCAUACACUUACGCACACAUUCCACACACACACAUUCCAUGCACACACAUAGACUCAUUCCGUACACACACAUAGACACAUUCCAUACACACACAGACACAUUCCAUAUGCAUACGCAGGUAUGUCCCCAAAGAAAUAGAUUGUCUCCAUCAUAUGCACAUUAAGCCAACGAAAUACUUUUGGAGCUCUGUAACACCCAAACUUGACUCACAACACACAUAAACACUGAACCACACAAAUGAAACCUACACUACCCAGACAUACCCAUUGUUUGAAGGCUUGCUGCAAAAUACCCAGACUUACGCCAUGAUAUACAGACUUGGCCCAUUGACCUAUACCUACCUUGAAUCACAGGGACUGAUAGAGCAACACUCAGAUGUGGCCCACAACCACAGAUAUGCCCUACCAAACAACUUUUUGUCUUCAUAACAUGAAGGCUUACCUCACAGAACACAGAAAGGAUGGACAACACAGACAAAUCAGACAACGCAGAAACACAUCCCAUGACACCCAGACUUGCUGCACAGUAUUCAGACUCACACUAUGACACUCAUACUCACUCAAUAACACUGAUUGUUUCACAACAUACGCACAUAGCCCAAAACACACAAACAUCAUCCACAACUAACAGACAUGUCCUACAAUACAGGGGCAUGCCACACAAUUCACAAACUUUUUCUACACUGCCAACACUUGUCUCACAUAACACACACAAAUAAAAAAAACCACAAAGACGUGCUCCAUAGCACCCAGACUCGCUUCACUACUUUCAGACUUACCUUAUGGCACCCACACGUACCUUAUAUCAUACACAUUUACCCUGCAACACUCAGCCUGGCCACAGAAUAUAUUUACAUGUCCAUGCCCCACAAUGCACGCACAUGCCUUCCAACACAUGGACACACCCAAAAUACACAAACGUUUUACACGACAUACACUGACCCCAAAGAAUGGCAUCAUAAUGCACAAUUAUAACCAACUCAGAUCUACCCCACAGAACAAAGACUCACCUCCCAUACUUAUCACACAAUUCCUAAAUUUACACCAAACACUCACACUCAUCCCAAAAUGCAUAAACCCACCCCAGAACACAUGCAGCACAACACGUAGAUUUGCCCUCACUUAGAAUAAAUUCACAGCUCACACUUGUCACCCAAUGGCCAGACACACCUUACAAUGUACAGACAACUCUUUCACAACGUAGACAUUGCCUAAGCAAUGCACAGAAUUCCAUAACAUCACGAGCUCUUCCUACAAUGGCGACUUACCUCACAGCACCCCAGAUUGCAUCAGAGCAGACACUCCACCCAAAAUAUACGGCUUCUUCCACACCUCCUGGAUACACCUCACAAUACAGAAACAUGCCUUGUAAGAUAUAGACUUCUCAGAACCAUGAAGUAUUGCAUAAGAACUUAUAAGCAUUUCUCAAAACAUAUACUCCAUAAUUAAUGGAUACACCACAUCUGCUCACAUUCUCAAACACAGACUUGCCUUCCUCCCCAUCACCCGCUGCCAGCAUAGUCUUGUGCAGCAGGUCUAAGAUGUACUGCAGAAAACAGACUUGCCCCACUCUGUAUGGAGUUCUACCCAACUUUCAAAUUCAUUCUACAAUGCACGGACCUUCCCUCUUACCUAUAGCAUUAUCCCACAAUGCAGAGACUUACCCACAAAGCAAAUGAUUACCUCAGAAUGCACAGAGCCACCAGACCUGCACCCAAACACACAGACAUGUACCACAACACCAAGAAACACUCCACAACAUGCAUAUGAGCCCACAUUGGUGUCUCCAUAACUUCCACACUAACCACUCAACACCUAGACCAACUUACUACAUCAUACAUGCUCCAUGACAUAAGACUCCCAGCACAGCCCAUGGAACCCCGUCACAAUGAACAAUUAUUAUUUUUUUUUAAGAUGGAUUUUCGCUCUUGUUGCCCAGGCUGGAGCGCAGUGGUGUGAUCUCGGCUCACUGCAACCUCCGCCUCCUGGGUUCAAGCGAUUUUCCUGUCUCAGCCUCCUGAGUAGCUGGGAUUACAGGUGCCCGCCACUACGCCUGGCUAAUUUUUGGUAUUUUUAAUAGAGACGGGGUUUCACCAUGUUGGCCAGGCUGGUCUGGAACUCCUGACCUCAGGUGAUCUGCCCACCUUGGCCUCCCAAAGUGCUGGGAUUACAGGCGUGAGCCACCACGCCCGACCGUGAACAAUUUUACCUCACAGUGCAAAAAUUCACAAAAUGCCAAGACUUACCCCACAGCUAAUCCAAUAUUACCGUAACACCUAAAGUUGCCUGAAGAGUCAGUCAUGUACCAGAGUACUACACAUAUUCCUCACAAUGCCUACAGUGAACCUACAAGAAACUGACUUGCCCUGUAUUGCUCAUACUCAUACCAGGACAUGCCCUAUAACCCACAGAUAAGUUCCAUAAUGCAAAAAUCUCCCUAACAAUACACAGCCUCACUCUACAACAGACAAUUACUCCACUAUGAGAAGAAGAGAUCCCAAAUAUCCAGCCUUACCCAUGAACUCACAGUCUUGCCACACCACAUUAAGACAUGUCUUACAGGCCGGGCGUGGUGGCUCACGCCUGUAAUCCCAGCACCUUGGGAGGCCGAGACGGGCGGAUCACCUGACAUUGGGAGUUCGAGAUCAGCCUGACCAACAUGGGGAAACCCCAUCUCUACCAAAAAUACAAAAUUAACUGGGCAUGGUGGCGCAUGCCUGUAAUCCCAGCUACUCGGGAGGCUGAGGCAGGAGACUCACUUAAACCUGGGAGGUGGAGGUUGCACUGAGCUGAGAUCACACCAUUGCACUCCAGCCUGGGCAACAAGAGUGAAACUCUGUCUUAAAAAAAAAAAAAUAGAAAGAAAGAAAAAGACAUGUUAUCUUAUAAUGCACAAACUAACUCCACAGUACUUAGAUACAACUUACAGCAGACACAUGUACCCUAUGACAGAAAGGUUUUCCUACAAACACAAAAUUGCAUUCUGAUGCACAGAUUUACCCCCAAAUGCACAAAAUCACUCUGCAAUGCAAAUGCCCCACAAAAAACCAUGUGCCCCCCAACACCCAGAAUUACCCCAGGACUCACAGACUUGCACCACAGGAUCAAGUCCUACCCCAUAUUGUACGGAUACGCUCCUCACCAGGCAUGCCUUUUACAAUGCAGCCUCACCCCACGAGGUACCCUUGACUGAAACCCUAGAUACGGCCUACAGUGUACUUACCCCCACAACAACGUGGAAAACUCUCUAAUGAAAGGUGCGUCCUUCAAUGUACAAAAUAUCUUGCAAAUUCAUAGACAUUCCCCACAGUCUCAGAAUUGCCGCAUCAUUUUCAGACUUUCUUCCAAAUGCGGACUUACUCUAAAACACUUAGAAUCAAAUUAGACAUGCAGACUCAACCCAUGUGAGAUUCUCCCCACAGUGCACUAACGUGCUCCACAACACUCAGACUCUCCUAGAACACACAGAAUCUCAUCACAACCUCACACCACCCCACAACGCCAAUAUGUGACCUACAAAACAUAAAAAUGUACGUGACAAUUCACAACAAGCAUCACAAUGUACAGAUUUGCCGCACAACACUGAGACACACACCCUGUCAUCCACAGACACAUCCUAUCACAUGAAAUCACCCCACAAAACAAGCCAUCACACAACACAAAAACCCACAGUUCAAGACAUGCUUAAUUAUAACUUGACAUACACCACAACACACAAAAUUGCAUUAUAAUGCAGGCUGACCUUAUAGCACACAGAGCGGUCCUAUAGUAUUAUACAAACACAACCUUCGCCUGCACCCCAGAAUUGCCUCUAACCACCCACAUUCUCUUUACAACACCAAGACACACCUCAUAUCACAUCGAGAAUCAGCCUGUAUCUUAUAGUAUUGCCCGAAAAUGCACAGAAUUGGACCGCAAGUUCCAGAAAUGCCAUACUAGGUGCAGACAGAGCCUCAUUCCUGAGGGACUACCACCCUCAGAAAAAAAAACAAACCACAAACACAUAGAUUUCCUGUAACGCAGAGACACACUAUAAAAUGCAAAGAUUGCCCCAUCACAUGGAGAUUUACUAUAGCUGUCCAGAAUCAACCCAUAAAAUAUAUAGUCUCACUGCAUGACUUCAAGACAUAUCCCACAAUAUACAGACUGUCAUGUAUAGACCACAACACCUGGACAUGCCCUACAAUGUGAGGACAUGAUCCACACUCUGUAGACUACCCGAGCACUGCAUAUAAUUGAAUCCAGAAAAUCAUAAUCAUAAAAGUCACAGCACCUAGAAUCACUCCCACAAAGCAUGCUCACCCCAAACCAGAUGCCGAUGACCAACUGGGUCCACGCUUUAUAGAGAUAGCCUAUGGUAAAAAGGAAUUUGAGAGGUAAAAAGGAAUUUGAGGAGAAAAAAGAAAAAAUAUAUAGAGAUAUACAACAAUCCACAGCUUUCCCAUGUGCCAUUUAUAUAUGCCUCUUCUUUUCUUUUUUCUUUUUUUUUUUUUUUUUUGAGACGGAGUCUCACUCUGUCACCAGGCUGGAGUGCAGUGGCACGAUCUCAGCUGACUGCAACCUCCGCCUCCCGGGUUCAAGCGAUUCUCCUGCCUCAGCCUCCCCAGUAGCUGAGACUACAGGCGCAUGCCACCGUGCCCAACUAAUUUUUGUAUUUUUAGUAGAGACGGGGUUUUACCAUGUUGGCCAAGAUGGUCUCCAUCUCUUGACCUAGUGAUCCCCCCGCCUCGGCCUCCCAGUGCGCUGGGAUUACAGGCAUGAGACACUGCACCCGGCCUUUAUAUAUGUCUUUUAAUGUAGAGAACAGCCUCGCAGUGAAGACAUGUAUCCCACUUGGCACAGAUCGGCACCACAAGAAACUCCCUCACAGGACCUACACUUCCCUAUACUUUGAAUAACCCACAUACUUGAUCAUCACCCACUUUCCUAUCAGAACGACUCAUGCCAAAACAUAAAGCUCAUUAUUCCAAAACACACAGAACCAACUCCCAAUGCAAAGAGACUUCCCUUGUAACAAAAAGAUGUUCUCUGCCACACUGAGACUUACCUCACCUCACCAGACUUGACCCACAACAUCUAGCCUUGCACCACUACACAGAGACAUGUCAUUUCACCGAGAAACUAGCCCCAGAACACUCAGGCUUGCCUCAUGGUCGUUAUAUACUCAUACCUUAGACUCAUAUCAUGAUGCAGAAGAGGCAUAUACAGGGAAAAUGUAAUCCACAAUGCACAUGCUCAGUCCACAACGCAUAGACUUGCCCCAUAUUUCACAGCUAGCUCCUAUAAUUCCCAGACUUGUUACACAAUACUCGGAAGGCCUUACAACACCUAGAAAAAGCAGCAUGAUAGGUAUGCUCACUCUAGAACAUUCAGAUUCACUUCAUAAGGGACAAACUCAGUCAGUUACAUUGAAUACCCAACACCAUAUUGUUUGCUCCACAGAAUAUGAGGAGAGGGCCUACAUGCUCACACAGAGCUUUGACAAGUGACUUCAUUUCUUUCUUUCUUUCUUUUUUUUUUUUUGAGACGGAGUCUUGCUCUGCUGCCCAGGCUGGAGUGCAGUGGUGCAAUCUCGGCUCACUGUAACCUCCAUCUCCCGGGUUCAAGCUCUUCUUCUGCCUCAGCCUCCCAAGUAGUUGGGAUUACAGGAGGAGAUGGAAGAUUGAGAGCAGAGUGCAAGAAUGGGAAGAGGGCUUCGUGCCCUGUGCACGUUUGCCACCUAGUGACCAAACUGAAUGGUGUGCUUCUCACCUCAGCCUGAUAGCCUGACCUUGACUCCUGAGUUCCACGAUCGCUUCACAACUGCAAGUCACCAUCAUACAAAAUUUGAGUUUCCCUAAGUCCGCGCCUUUGAGAGCUUUGGAACGAUAUGCAAGUUCAAGUCACCAUCCUGUUUCUUGCUACCUCCUGUGAGAAGACCAACAUUUGGGUUACUUGUUUCUACUCUUGUUCUUCUGCUUGUUAUUGUUGCCUCUGCAGCCAUUGAUCACACACGUGUUGUCAUACAAAAACUGGGUUUCCGAUGGCGCCAGUGUCAAGGUCUUCCAACAACUCCGGGUCUUCCAGCGACUUCAAGUCUUCCAAUAAUCUCAAGGUCUUCCGGAUAAUCCUGAGCUUCCAGAAAAUCCACAUCUUCCAGACAAUCCAUGUCUUCCGGACAAUCCAUGUCUUCCAAGAAGCUCCAAGUCUUCCAGCAAAUCCAGUCUUCCAGCAAUUAUAGGUCUUCCACCAAAUCCAGAUCUUCCAGGAAAAUCCACGUCUUCCAGGAAAUCCAUGUCUUCCAAUAAUUUCAAGGUCUUCCAUCAAAUACAGAUCUUCCAGCUAAUCCAUGUCUUCCAGAAAAAUCUGUGUCUUCCACCAAAUCCAAGUCUUCCAGUAAAUCUAGUUCUUCCAGAAAAAUCUAGAUCUUCCAGUCAAUCAGUGUCUUCCAGAAAGAAAUCCAGGUCUUCCAGUCAAUCAGUGUCUUCCAGAAAGAAAUCCAGGUCUUCCAGUCAGUGUCUUCCAGAAAAAUCUAUGUCUUCCACCAAAUCCAGGUCUUCCAGUCAAUCCACAUCUUCCGGAAAAAAUCCAGGUCUUCCAGCCAAUAUAUGUCUUCCUGAAGAUCCAUGUCUUCCAGAAAAUCCAUGUCUUCCAGAAAAUCCACGUCUUCCAGUAACCUCCCAGUCUUCCAGAAAAUCCACGUCUUCCCAACAAUCCAGGUCUUCCGGAUAAUUUGGGUCUUCCUGAAAAUCUACGUCUUCCAAAAAAGCCAUGUCUUCCAGAAAAUCCACAUCUUCCAAUGGCCUCCAGGUCUUCCAGACUAUCCAUGUCUUCCAGAAAAUCCUUGUCUUCCCUCAAAUCUAUAGCUUCCAAAAAAUCCGGGUCUUCCAGGAAAUCCGUGUCUUCCAGCAAGUCCACGUCUUCCAACAAAGCCAUGUCUUCCAGACUAUCCACGUCUUCCAGAAAAUCCUUGUCUUCCCUCAAAUCCAUAGCUUCCGAAAAAUCCAGGUCUUCCAGGAAAUCCGUGUCUUCCAGCAAAUCCACGUCUUCCAACAAAGCCAUGUCUUCCAUCAAAUUAAUGUCUUCCAGCCUACUUGUGUCUUCCAACAAAGGUGUGUCUUCCAACAAAGGUACGUCUUCCAACAAAGGUACGUCUUCCAACAAAGGUACGUCUUCCAGAAAAUCCAUGUCUUCCAACCAAGCCAUGUCUUCCAGAAAAUCCACGUCUUCCAGAAAAUAUAUGUCUUCCAACUAAGCUACGUCUUCCAACAAAUCCAUGUCUUCC